AUGAAAGUCGGGCCCAAGCUCUGCGGGGAGCGGCGGCGCGAUGUCUACGAGCCCAUGGGGAAUACUGACUCCGAAGAAGAAGAGUCGGAGACUCUGCCGACAGGCCCUGUGCCGGAGGGGAGCCUGAGCGCUACCCGCCAGAGGAUUCUCUUCGGGACCGUCUUCGGAGCAAAUUUGGCUUGCUGCCUCACAGCAGCCAUCGCGAGUCUCGCCACCAAUCGCCUGUCAAAAGACACCGGCUUGGAUUGGGAGGUCUACUUCCUCCUCUUUGUGCUCAACUGCACAUGGCUUGUAGUGCAAGCUGCUGUUGCGGUGUUUCGGCUGCGUGGGCGGCGCAAGUUUUCGCUUUCCGUGUUUGCCGAAUGUACGAUUGUAGGUACAUGGCCCAUUUUAUCCGACGCGUACGACACGCUGAAGGAUGUCCUUUUUGGUGCACUGUGCAUCCAGUCUGAAUACGUGCUGCUGAAAAUCAUCGGCGCGGCAAGCUGGAUGUAUCUGAUACUAAUUCACGUGUACUUUGCACGCGAUGACAACUGUGUAGCAGAUCUCAUCCUGUGCUACUUGUGUGUUGUCAUGGCACCGACGACAGCGGCGGAUGUCGAUGGCAAUUCAAGCAGCAUCAGCUACUUCAGCUUCAGCUUUGUUGCGGCAUGGUGUGCUUCCGCAUCUGACACCGUCCUGCCGCUGCUGUACAAGCAGGUGACACCGACCAAGCGCCAUCUGCUCCUGUACGAGAAUGUACCACAGGCUGUGUUUGCAGUCGUACCCUUGGCUGCACAGGCUUUUUCCACGAGUUCUACUUCACAAGAAGAUGUAGUGUAG